AACUAAAAAUAUUCAUUUGGAUCCAAAUCAAUAGAAAUAAUUAUGUUAAGUAAUUUUGUUUACUAAAUCUUUUGGACUUGAAUGUUUAUAUGCCCUUUCAAAUUUUAUGGGAUUUUCAAAAUGCUUAGAAAAUUGUUGAUUGAAAUCUUAUUAGCAAUGGUUUCAAACCAAAUGCGUCAGGUUUCGUUGCUGUCAGAAACUAAUUUGAGUCUCCAUCAAUAACCGUAUAUCGCCCCGAAAUCUCGUAAGCGCACUUCAACGCUUUCUGCCAGUAUGUAAACAGAUUUUUAUCACAUAUAUAUUCAUGCGUCAGUUUUGUAUAACACUUUGGCAGCUGUCAAAAAUUUUAAUUUUUUUGCUCUUUCAACUAUGUGGCAGCUUUCGUUUUUUUAAAUUCUCCACUGCUUUUGACAUUUCUACAAAAGCUUAUCAAAGUGACAGCCACAGAAAUUCUUAUUGGAAUUUUAGUUCACCGCUCGAAACGAAUUCAUUCACUUGUUUGUUGUCUUGCAUUCGCAUACCCGCUCGCGAAUUUUCACGCCGCAAAUUCUACAAUUUCAUUUCUUCUGUUUUGUUAAUAAGCUUUUGUUGUGUGUGGUGGUGCAGUUGCUUGAAAAGCAGGAUUUUUUAUUUGGCUAAAAAUAAAAGUUGUAUGAAAUAUGAAAAAAUAGAAACAAACAACAAUAGCAAACAAACGGAAAAGUCUUACGAUUGCCCUUUUUUUAUUAAAUAAUAUUUAUAAAGCGCUUCUACCAAUUCUACUUUGUGUUAUUGGCAGAUAUUUAAGUGAAAUAUUGCAUUCGCUUGGAGAAAUUCUUAAAUAGAAAUUUUGCGAACAACCUAAGACAGUGAGCAUUAAUUAUUCAAUUGUGAGUGCACUAGUUUAUGGGCGAGAAUAAAGGAAUAAUGUUGGCGAAAUCUGUACAAAAACACGCUGGACGUGCCAAGGAAAAGAUUUUGCAAAAUUUGGGCAAAGUCGAUCGGACUGCAGAUGAUAUCUUUGAUGAUCAUUUGAAUAAUUUUAAUCGCCAACAAACUAAUGCCAACAGAUUACAAAAGGAGUUCAACAAUUAUAUCAGAUGUAUUCGUGCCGCUCAAGCGGCCUCCAAGACCCUAAUGGAUGCCAUUUCCGAAGUCUACGAACCACAUUGGGUUGGCUUUGAUGCAUUGCAGGCACAAACUGGCGCUGCCGAAAGUCUUUGGCAAGAUUUUGCUCAUAAAUUGGCAGAUCAAGUAUUGAUUCCUUUAAAUACAUAUACAGGACAAUUUCCGGAAAUGAAGAAAAAAGUAGAUAAACGCAAUAGGAAACUUAUUGACUAUGAUGGCCAGCGGCAUUCGUUCCAAAGUCUCCAGGCCAAUGCUAACAAGCGCAAGGAUGAUGUAAAGCUCACCAAAGGACGCGAGCAGCUAGAGGAAGCUCGCCGCACCUAUGAAAUUCUCAAUACUGAGUUGCAUGAUGAGUUGCCCGCCUUAUAUGAUUCGAGAAUACUAUUUUUAGUCACCAAUUUGCAGACGCUCUUUGCAACGGAACAAGUGUUUCACAAUGAAACAGCUAAGAUCUACUCCGAGUUGGAGGCGAUUGUGGACAAAUUGGCAACGGAUUCUCAACGCGGCUCGAAUACGCUACGAAAGCAAACAAGUAAAUUCAUGGAAAGCACUGCCUUUUCUGCUCCAAGCCCCACAAAGACGUCGCCAUUCAAGCAAAUGAACAAUACAAAUACCACCAACAAUAGCAACUAUCAAAAUCAAAUCACUACAAACGGUUCCAGUAAUGUCAACAGUCCAUCAUCCACAUCCACAAGCUCCUCACAUCAAACAUCCAGGCUUGACUCAGUUUCUCCAACACCAGAAUCCACAGCGGACAACUUGAAGGCCGCCGACAACGCUGCCAUCCACUUGAACAACAGCAUCGGCACUGCAUCUUCGCCGGAAAAUAGUCCUCACGCUGGAGCUGAAGUAACACCACCACCCUACCAGAGCGCAGCGACACUACUUUCAUCCGUUUCCAACAACGUGACGCCCGACAAUAGCAACAGCAGAGCAGUAGCAGCAGCAGCAGCAGAAGAUCCGUGCGAAGCUGCUACACCAGAGAGUCCAAACGCGAAUACCACACCUGUUGCUGCGGCCGAGCAAAACCAAAAUGCAGCUACAGCCGAAGCGUCCAACACAGCCGAGGAGGUGGUAGUCAAUAACAAAACCGCCUCGAAUGGGACAAGUGCAGCGGCCAAUGCCGACGAAGUCAGCAGCAAUCCAAGGAAGUCCUUGAAGCUCACACCAGAACAGCUGAAUGGCAAUGCUAACAUCAACGAAAAUGCAACGGCGACGCAAUCAACCAACGGCAAUGCCAAUGCCGCUUCAUCUGCGGCAGCAGCAGCAGCACCGACAGCGACAGCGACAGCUACAUCGACGGAUGUGAACAAUGGCAAUACGGAUGAUGCGAAUAAGAAAACAGGAGGUAAAGUCAUUGAAAAGUCACCAAAAAGACACAAAGCACAAUUAUUGAACCCAUUGAAUUUGUUACGUAAAUCUCGCGCUGCCGCCACGUCUAAUAAAGGCGAUAAUGUUGAAAAACAUGCCGCUAGCAAUAAUGACCUUAAUACCAUUGUUGAUAAUAAUAAUGAUGCCCAACCGAAUGUUGAGCAAAAUAUUAGCACAGAAAAAAAGAGUGAAAAAAAGUUAGCAGCACCGGUUAGUAAGAAUCCUUUCGAAGAAGAUGAGCAAAUCUACGACAUACCAAGCGAGGCUACCACAUCGGAUUUGCCAGCGGGUGUGCUUUACCGUGUCAAGGCCACAUAUGGCUAUGUGAAGGAGGACGUCGACGAGCUUAGCUUUGAAGUUGGCGAUAUAAUACGCGUCAUCGAGUAUGACGAUCCAGAGGAUCAGGAGGAAGGCUGGCUGAUGGGACAAAAGGAGGGCACAACCGAGAAGGGCCUGUUCCCUGCCAACUUCACACGGCCGAUCUAAGCACAUACACACACACAUAUACACACGAAGCAACACAGCAGCAUCAGCAGGCCAGUGCAACGAACAAAACAAUAAACAAUAAGGAAGAAGAAGCAGUAGUUGAGAGAAGCCACAUAAUUAAUAUAUAUAUAGAGAGAAGAUAAAAGUUUAAGCUAUUAUACAUAGUAGGGAAUGACAGUCAAUGCAACCCGAGGCAUAAUUGCGACAACAGGAAUCGGCGAAUGAAAUUGGCUGCACGAAAGCGAAAAUUGUUAAUAUAUUCUUUAUUUUUCUUUUGGAACUUUGUAUUAUAAAUGAAAUUUUUUUCUGUAGAAAAAUCUAUUUCACUCUAUUAUUCUAAACGCAUACACACAUACGUAUAAACAAGAAAAUAUUUAUCAAAAAGGCACCAGUUAAAAUUUGUUAAACAAAUAUGCUACUUUAUGCACAUUUGUAUGUCCGAAUAAUUCUUUUUGGGUCCGUAUCUUGUAACUAUUUACUAUAACUACUACUAGUAAAUGCUACAGACAUAAUACAUUUGUAAUUGUAUUUGUA